CCAUGGUAAAUAUCACGUUCGACUGUAUGGCAGCUUUAACUCUAUGGUGGCAUUUAGAACUAGUUUGUCCGUUGCGUCACUGCCUGUCUUUAUUUCCUGUGUAUAGCAUGGUGUAGAAAUCCAUUUCGGUAAGUGUGUGAAACGUGUACAACUGUUCGUAAUUCUUCCAUACUGAAUUGAAUAAAAAUGUUUACAUUUGUAGUGCCACAGUGUCCAGUUGGUUUGGCAUUCGAAUAUGGGUGGUUCUUGUGUAUACAACUGCGGUUCGAAUUUUAGGCUUGGUUUUUAUAAGCUACACGAAACUGUUUAUAUAUAUGAUUGUUGAGAACAUAUUUGGAAGAGGUUUUUUGAUUUACGAGAAAAAGUGCUUUGUUUAUACUGCAGACAAACACGGUAACCUCGUAUUUUAUUUCCCUGUUAAAUAAUCAAACAUCAAUUCCUUAUUAAUAAUAAAUAUAAUAAAAUACCAAAUUGAGUCCAUAACACUACUAUACUAUAUACAUGUGAGCUUAGCACAACAGAAAUCACAGGUACUGAUAUAUAAAAUUGUGUGAUUGUAUCUAUUUAUAUCAGUGGUUCUUGGCAUCAGGGUUUGUGCCACAAUUUGGGUUCAAGGGCUAUUCCUUGUGCAUUUAAUUAGGUGAAAAAGCAUAUUUAUUUGACCUUGGAUCAAAUUGCAAACUUUAGACUAAAAUAGCCAAGCUGAGAGUUUUACAUUAUUCCUGCACUUAUUUUUGCUAAAUUUAGUUUGUUUCCAAUUCAUUAUGAUGACCUUUAGAAUUGUUUAAUUGUUGCCUGUAAUGUUUAUUUCACUGAACUUUUUUUAAAAGGGCCGAUAUAAGCACCAAAACAAAUUUUGGUUUAAUGGAGUGGUUUUGGUGUAUAGUGCAUGCCCCUGCUGUCUAAAUGUGCAAUUCUCUGCCAUUCAUGAGUUAAAGGGAAACGCCAGUGCCAGGAAAACACUCUACACACUCUGUAUAUAACGCAGUGUGUAUAUAGUGUAGUGUGUCUAUAUAAUGCAGUGUGUGUGUGUUUAAUGCACACACUACACACACUGCGUCAUAUAUACAAACACAUACUACAAACACUGCGUCAUAUAUACAAACACAUACUACAAACACUGCGUCAUAUAUACAAACACAUACUACAAACACUGCGUCAUAUAUACAAACACAUACUACAAACACUGCGUCAUAUAUACAAACACAUACUACAAACACUGCGUCAUAUAUACACACACAUACUACAAACACUGCAUCAUAUAUACACACACACAUACUACAAACACUGCAUCAUAUAUACACACUGUAUUCAUUAUAUACACACACUAUACAAACACACUACGUUCACUAUACACACACUGCGUUCACUUUACACUACACAAACACACCCUCUGCAUUCAUUAUAUACACACUACACUCUACACAAACACACCCUGCAUUAAUUAUAUAUACACUACACAAAUAUACACAGCUCUACUGUCUAAACACACUGCAUCCAGUGCAUGUGGCUUUUAUAUUUUGUGCAUUUAACUUUUAGAAAUAGUUUAUUUUUUCAAAAUGGUAAAUGUACAGAAUAUCGGCAAGUUAUCGGCCUGAAAGUUAACAGAUUAUCGGUAUCGGCUCUAAAAAAUCAAUAUCGGUCGAUCCCUACCCGAAACCCGAGGUUUUCACCCCUUCAGCAACCGGGGAUUGGGAGGUGAGAGGAAGAGGGCACCUGCAGUCCCAGCAAAACAGAUUGUUUUACUGGCACUGGAGUCUCUUUAAGCUGUAAUGGUUCUUGUGACUAUAGUGUCCCUUUAAGAAUUUAUAUUUUUGUUGAUGAAAAUAAAGCUUUGCUAGUUUAAAAAAAAAUCCUGGCUCCUAACUCUUUUUUAGCUGUGUCUUAGAUUCCAAGCAAAUUUGUCAAGCCCUACCCUAAACAGUAGUGAAUUAGGCAUAACUGUACACAAGAAGGAUUUGGGAAUUGUUGUAGACAACACACUUGGCAAAAAUGUGCAAUGUCAACCAGCAGUUGCUAAGGCCUGUAAGGUAUUGUCAUGUGUAUUUAAAAAAAAAAAAAAAAAAAAAGCAUUCAUUCUCAGAAUGAAAAUAUAAUUUUGACUCUUUAUAAAACAAUGGUAAGACCACACCUUGCUUUUUCUAAAGAAGAUUAUUAUGGCACUAGAAAAAGUGCAGAGGCACGCUACAAAAUUUUAAUAAAAGGAAUUGAACAUUUUAGUUAUGUAGAAAGGUAAACAAAUUUAAAUCAAUUUAGCUUGGAAAAAAGGUGGUCCAGAGGGGAUGCCAUGGCAUUAUACAAAUAUAUUUGGGGCCCUAUACAAACCAUUGUCUAGAAAUGUAUUCAUAAACUGCACUAUACAUAGGACAAAGAGUCAUGCAUUUAGACUUGAAGAAAAUUAAGAUUUAGGCUGAUGCAAAGGAAUGGCUUUUUUACAGUAAGAACAAUAGGAUGUGGUACUUUCUGUCUGAAGAGGUGGUUUUAUUAGAGUCUGUACAGAUGUUUAAAGGAACAUGAUGGUGUCAAAACAUGUAUUCGUGACACUAUGGUGGCCACCCUUGCCUCCAUUUGAAAAGGUAUUUUUCUUUCCUUACAGUCACAGACUGCUGAAUACACACACGCAUACACACAGUCCGCUAAAUACACAUACAGACAGACUGCUGUACACACAGACAGAAUGCAGAGUACAAACAGACUGCCAAUGCAUACACACACAAAGACUGCUGAAUACACACACACACACACACACACACACACACACUGCAUUGAGGGGUGCAGUGUAUGUAUGUGUGUGUGUGUGUGGGUGGGUAGGGGUGCUGUAGGUAGCAAAUGUGUUUUUUUUUUGUUUUUGUUUUUUUUAAUCCUAUUCUAUACAUAAAAUCUUUACUCCAUAUACAUACACUCUGCAUUAUACAUACACACUCCUUGCUUUCCAGAUCCCUUCCCCUGCCUCCAGGUCCUCCCGAUACGAAAGCAGAGUAAGUGCCUGCCGUUUUGGGCAGGCAGGUGCCUACUCUGCAUUGCUGCUAACCGGCACCAGUCUCCCCCCCCCCGUGACCUAUGACACAGAGUGUGCUCGGCGUGCCAAAGGUUCAACAUUACUGUAUCAGGCCUACUCUACUUUCUUAACACCCUGGGAGAACUUAUGUCAUAUGACUUUGUUUAAGCCUCAAUAUAAACACUUUGAGUAUAACAUUUAAGAAUGGUUCUCCAAGUUAAAGCAGUUUAGCUGCAUACCCUUGUUGUUACAGUUCAUAAAAGUACUGAUUUUAAUGAAAAAUCUGCACCUUUUUAUAAAUGUUUUUGAACAAGUAGGGAACAUCACGCUACCAUUUAAUCUAACCAAAAGCAGGGCCUCCUGAUUCAUUCUGCAUAGACUUCACUUGCCACUGAUAGGGUUAUAGUUUUACUUCUCUUUCAUCCCUUGUCAAGGAUAUAACUCUGCCCCUGACUAAGAUCUUCAUUACUAAUAAUGUUAGUAGGUCCACUAAUGAUUUGCCAUACAGUAUUUGGGGACCUGCUGCUCCAAUCAGCAUCUCUUCAUAGAGAUGCAAUAUACCACUGAAUAUGGGUAGCGUUCUUUCUCUACAUGCGAAGCGUGUGGUCACUGAAUGUCAGUCCUGCAAAUACUACAGCAUCAGAAAACAAAGCACUUUUACUGCUUGGAACGUGGAGGGGUUUAACGUCAGUGUUCACAUUCCAUCUGACUUUUCAUCCUUUCUCCUCUUUUAGACAUGACACGUUCCAAGCAGGUUGGGAAUCACAAGAGUGACAAGAAGAAAAAUAUCUCUAAGCUCUGGAAAACAAAGCGUCGGGUGAAGGAUAUAGAUCAGAUACACCAUGACCUACGUCCAGAGAAUGCCGAACGCCUACUGAAUCAAGAACUGGACUAUCAACUUCCAGGGAAUGCUCAGCAUUACUGUCUACACUGCGCGUGAGUAUUACAUGGCCCAUAAUAAUGUACUGCAAUAAAUAAAAAAGAAUAUACUAACCUGCAACAUUUUGCUGUGUAGUGCUUCCAUUGAAUGAAUUCAUUACAGCAUUUUAGCAGCAUGGUGCUGUUUAGCUCUUUAUAAAAGCUCUGAAGAACUAACCGCAUCCUACAACAGGAGAAGACUGGAAGCAGGCACUGUGUCUGCAGAUGUCAUUAAGGACCCAGAUAAUUUGUCAAACUGUAAUAGAAUGGUUUGACUGCCAUACUUAUCAUGGAAAGGUGUGGAGACUUAUGUGCUUAGAGUGCUGCCUUUCAAGGAGCACUGUCACCGUCUGUGGAAUUUGUAGAAUUCGUAAAGACCCCAGAUAGUGACAUUGCCACUGGGGGUCCAUUGGUCAAGGUUGGGGGCCCUGGUAACAGUGAGUUCUACUUACUUGUACCUGUACCUCUUGGGCUCAGCUAUCUUACUCCGGCAGGUCCUCUAUUGCUACUGACCAGCGCUAGGAGCCAAUGUCACUGGUGUACUCUCACGCAUGCACAAGAGUACAGCAUUGAGGUCUAUGGAGGAUUUUGCAAAACCAUGGAAUCAUCCAUAGACAGAGACAAUUCCCUGCAGCCAUCACCGGUGACAGCCAUCAGUAGCUCCAUAGACUGUCUAGAAGUGUCAGGCAUAGGAAGUGAUAUAGAGAUCGUAUAUCUUUUGACGGGGGUGAAAUGUCAACACAGUCAAAAUGAGUAUUUCAUUGUUGCCUAACCCCUUAAAGGACCACUCUAGGCACCCAGACCACUUCAGCUUAAGGGUUAACCCUUUUUUUUUUUUUUUUUUAUAAACAUAGCAGUUUCAGAGAAAUGUUUAUAAAUGGGUUAAUCCAGCCUCUAGUGGCUGUCUCGUUGACAGCCGCUAGAGGCGUUUGCGUGCUUCUCACUGAAAAUCACAGUGAGAAGACGCCAGCGUCCAUAGGAAAGCAUUAUGAAUGCUUUCCUAUGAGACUGGCUGCGCGCGGAGCUCCUGCCACGCAUGCGCAUCCAGCCAAAGAAGAGGAUCGGUGGUGGAGAGGAGGGGGAGAGCUUCCUGCCCGGCGCUGGAAAAAAGGUCAGAUUUAACCCUUUCCUCUCCCCAGAGCCCGGCAGGUGGGGGCACCCUCAGGGCACUAUAGUGCCAGGAAAACAAGUAUGUUUUCCUGGCACUAUAGUGGUCCUUUAAGGACCAAACUUCUGUAAUAAAAGGGAAUCAUGACAUGUCACUCCUUAAGGAGUUAAAUACAUUGCCGUGUAAUCAAAAAGUUUGUUGAGGCUACCUCGCUGUUUUUGUAUAAAUGUGUUGCAUCUAAUAUUAACACAACACUUUUCACAGAAUAAUAUAAAUAGCGUGAUAAUGAACUUUAAAAAUAAAUUGCAUUCUAACAAAUACAGGACAUUUCAUAACCAAAACUAGAUAGGAUGGUAAAAAAGUAAUAUGUUAGGUCAUAUAGACUGUAAGCCCGUUUGAGCAGGGUCCUCUUCAAACUAUCGUUCCUGUAAGUUUUCUUGUAAUCAUCCUAUUUAUAGUUAAACCCCUUUCCCACUUAUAAUAUUGGAAAGCGCAACGGAUCUGUUGGCGCUAUAUAAAUGGCAAUAAUAAUAAUCGGUCAAACAGUUUUGAAGCAGUUUGAAGAAGAAAAAAUAAAAAAAAUGCUCUCCAAAGACCGCCCCUCCUCGUCCACAUUGAUAAUGUAGAAGUUUUUAUUCAACAUCAGUUUUAUUUAACCUGGAUGGUGACUGGCUGGAGGCACAAAAGAAAAUGUAUUAUUCUGGUAUUAUAUGUAUAAUACGACAUAAUCUGUUGAUGAAACAUUCUGAAUUGUGCUGUAGUACUUAAAGAGACACUCCAGGCACCCAGACCACUUCUGCCCAUUGGUCUGGGUGCCAACUCCCACUACUCUUAACCCUGCAAGUGUAAUUAUUGCAGUUUUCUAUAAACUGCAAUAAUUACCUUGCAGGGUUAACUCCACCUCUAGUGGCUGUCUACUAGACAGCCACUAGAGGGCACUUUCUGGUUUCUAGCACAGGAAACCUGUGCUAGUGUGUCGCUGGACAUCCUCACGCUGUGUGAGGACCUCCAGUGUUGCUCAAUUCCCCAUAGGAAAGCAUUGCCGCGCAUGCGCAUUAGGUCUCCCCGGCCGGUCGGCGGGAUCAGUCUCGCCCACCGGCCGACGCAAUCACCGGGAGGAGCGGCAGCGGAGGAAGAAGCAGCGCCGUGGGACAUCGUCGCUGCCUCUGGUAAGUUGCUGAAGGGGUUUUCCUGGCACUGGAUUUUCCCUUUAAUAAUGCACUCAAAAUAACAGUUUUUUAGCUUGAUAAAUGUAUAUUUGCGUUAUAUUGACACUUGUCUUCUGUGUGGGAUUAUUGCCCUGAUUAGAAAUUAGCAUUUUAAGAGGGGACAAUUUUCUGUAAAUUUUUUUUACAUAUUCUUUUCCAUGAUUGCUGUCCAUGCUUAAACCUUUUAGCAGGAAAUUAAAAGGACAUGCAUAACAUUGAGACAACUGUUUUGUUCAGAAAGGGGUGCACUAAUUUAACCAAUCAAUGACCUAUCCCUAGUAAUACUUGUAAAGUGUAUUUGGGAUGCCUGACAGAUUUUUUUUUUAAUUCUUUAUUUUAGUUGUGCAUAAGAAAUAUCAAGAGGACAAAGACAUUCUUAAAUUAUGCAUGUCCAAUAUAGCUUAGGUAUGUCUAGCAGUAUGCACAUUUUUUUUUUUUUUUUUUUCAACGUUUAACAAUUAUAUACAAGGUCAACAUGUUAGACAUUCUGUAGACAAAUAUAUAGGAGUCGUGAAACACAGAGAAACAUUGUCGUGUGAGUGAUUCAUGGAGUUUGGGUAGGUAACCUGUGUCAGCUUAUGUGAUGGUGUUGGUUCCCAGUUUGGGUUGUGGUUUGUCAGUGUGGCCUGUGUGCAUGGGCUGUUUCAGCGGUAGCUGAUAUGCGUGGUACCCCUAACCCAGGGGGUUGCGGGGGGGGGGGGAGGAGGGGUGUGGCCCCAUUGACUCUCUGGUGUUGUGUUCAGUGUGUCGGUUGGAGUGUGGUUUGCUUAUAGUCAGGAUAGGGGUGUGAAAACAUAAAGAAAAAGAAAAAUACAUAUAAAAUAUAAAAAUAUAAAAAAAAUAAAAAUAAAAUUAAAUUCUAAUAACUGCGUUGCGUCCGAGUACGAGGUUUCCCUCGUAUAUCAAUGUCCUCUCCAGGUGGGUCGAGGCCAGAGCCUUCCAAUGUGGGCUAGAUUGUGUAGCCGUAGGUGCCGGUUUGGGCUGUCACUGUACGGGUGGUGGUGUCCGUCUGGUGCGUGGGACAAAGGGGAUGAUGGUGGCCGGGUCUCUGGCACUCUCAGGAAGCGUAUGAUUAUCGGUUGGAAUGGGUAGUCCCAAUUUUCUCAAAAAAGAGGCUGCGUCGGCCAUGGUGUGGAGGACAUGCGUAGUUCCUUCUGCGGUGACCGUUAAGGAGUUGUCGGUUCCCCAUCUGUAUGGCAGUCCUGCCGUGCGUAGUUGGGAUGUUACCGGUGCGUAGGUUUUCCUCCAUAGCAGUGUUGCUUUAGUGAGGUCUUGGAAGAAGUUCAAGGUGUCAUUCUCAAAUAAAAGAGGGGUUUUGCCCUUCACGGCUGACAUGACAUGUAUUUUGUCUUGUACUGAGUGGAAGCGCAGGAUGACAUCCCGGUUCAGGUUGGUAUUAGUGUUGGUGGUAUUGGGGAUGCGAUAUAAACUGUCCACUGUGAUUUUGCGGGCCAGCGUGGGAGGUAAUAUAGAUGUCAAGAGGCGUCGGGUGUAGUGGGGAAGUUCCUCCGCGGAUAUUGCCGUAGGGAUACCCCUUAUUUUGAUGUUUGCGCGGCGUUGUCUAUCCUCUAGUAUUAUGAGUUUUGCGUUUAGGGUAGUCUGGUGCGUUUGUAAUUGGUGGAUAGAGUCCUGCAUGGUUUGCAUGGCAGAUUGUGUAUCUGCUAUAGCCCCCUCUGUGGCCUUGACUCUCUCUGUUACGGCCUGUAGCUGUGUUGUAAAUACAGCUAAAUCUGCAGCCAGGAGCUUGUGGAUAUCAGCUAAUAAAACCUUCAGGUCUCCCCUAGUUGUUGGGGCUGAUUCAUCCAGAGAGUCCGCUUGUGCGGGUCUUACCACCUGGGGGUGAUGUGGUACCUCCAUCUCGUGGCGGUCCGGUUCCGGUUCUGUGUCCGGUUGGUCUACAGCCUGAGUGUGUUUGGACUUCUGGAGUAGCGCCCCAAUGUCCCUGGUAUCCGACCCUGUGGUGGGUCUCUGUGAUUUACGGCCCAUGGUGAGUGUGGUGGGCGAUGUUUGUGAUGGGGACGCCCUCGGCCGUUCCGCAGGGUCUCCGCCAAAGAGUGACGCGAGGCUGGGGAUUUGGAGAGGGUGGUAGGCCUCGGUUUUCCGUCGCCGCUUAGGCUGUUUUUGCGGCUGUAAGAAGGGCAUGGACGCGUAAAGCUUGGGUAGCAGAGUCCGAUUUUAUGCUUUUGGAGGCUGGAGUGGCUCGUGUUCCGAUGAUAUCGGGCAGAUUUGAGGUUUGUUUGCAGGAGCUCCAGCAAAUGGCGUCUGUCUCGGUCUGCGUGCUAGCCCCGCCCCCCCUGACAGAUUUACACAUGUGAAGUUGGAAGAUCUCUUCACCAUGCAGCACCUUGAAAGGUAGAAGAGAAAUAGUCUGAUCAAUGUGAUUCAUGCAAAGCAGGCUCACGUGUUGAGUUUCUUUCUUCUGCUGCUGCACAAUAAUACCCUGUUUCCAUAUUUUGUGGACCGGUCUGAAACUGAGAUGGGGCUGGGGUGACUAAAGUCUGCUAGCUGAGAAACGUGACCAACAAUGCAAUUUAACUAAGCUUAUACUAAGUUCAUAAACUGUAUUACAUACUUUUUAAAGUUUUGGUUUGUAUAUUUGUUUUAAAAGUGUUUUGCUUGCUGGUUUAAAAACAAAUAAUAAUUGUUAAUUGAUGCAUUUUUCUUUAAACACUGUUACUUUCGUGAAAUACUACUUGUUUAUUAGGUGCAGCAUGCGGAGGACUUCAACUUUCAGAGCAAAGGUUAUCAUAUGACUGAGCGUUAUUAACAGAUAGGGCUGUAGACCAGGUGCUAGUUUUAUUAUGCAUGUAACUUGCAAUCCUAUCUGUUGCUUCUGACUCAUGUUUCUCUAAGCUUUAUCAUUAUCUUCUGUAUGUGCAUCGAGGUUGGCUGUAAGCUGCCUCGACACUGACCUCUGUGCAGGCAGCAUGCUGGACAUGUAAAACAAGUUCUGUUAGUCUGUGUAAGAGUAUGGGAGGAGUAUUUAAAAUGUCAGCUGUUUGUCCAGAAACUAGAAUUAAAUGUUGAACAUUUAGGGCAUCAUAGUAUGCAGGCGAUAUGUGAAAUAAAUUGCAUACUUAGAUCUUUCCUCCAGUGAGCUAUAUGUAUUUAUUUAUUUGUGUGUGUGUGUGUGUGUAUGUGUAUAUAUAUAUAUAUGUGUGUGUGUGUGUGUGUAUGUGUAUGUAUAUAUAUAUAUAUAUAUAUAUAUAUAUCUCUAUGUUUAAAAUGGAAUCAAGCAAAAAUGUGAUUCUUUGUUAAAUUAAUUUGCAUAUGUCCACCCAGAAUCCUUUGCGGUAGUAAAAUCACUGCAGAUUUGUGAUUUCAGUGGGAAGAGCAAGUCUUAUGGCUUGACUGGUGUGCAGAUUUUUGUUUAACAUUGUAUUAACUAAUAUAUAUAUAAUUUGUGUGUAUAAGUAUAUACCCAACGUUCGGGCAGGCCUGUAAAUAAAUAGGGCCCACCAAGAUGGAAUUUGUAUUUAAAGGGAGUGGUGUGUGGGGUAACCAAUCAAUGGCAGCCCGGUAUGGAGGUAGGUUUUGGCUUAUAUAGGCCAGAUCAACCCUUCCCACAACUCCAGGCUCAGUCUUCCCAUUUGUGGUCAGGGAAAAAAGCUGAGUAAGCGUUAACCUCAAAUACACUAAAGUCGGUUGUGGUGUGUUGAAACUGACGUUCGGGCAGGCCUGUGAAUAGAGGGCAAAAAGAGAUUUCCAUGCAAACUUUAAUACGUACUUAAUCGUUACUAACAAACGUGAAGACAUGACCUAUUAUCAUUACUAGGCUAACUCUUUGAAUGCUAGUCUAAGUUCUUCUUCUGGUUUUGGGAUGAAGCGGUUGUAUGCUGACGACUUCCAUCAUCCCAGUCUUUUGAUUAUGUGCACUGGUACGUUUUGACUAGAGGCCACUGUUGCUGCCCCUAUGCGAAAUUAAUUAUUAUUGCGAUUUAUAUAGCGCCAACAGAUUCCGUAGUGCUGCCUGUGAAGGCUGAUGGAUCGCAACCUAUUUUUGAAAUGUAUACCAUGAGUUUAGAUGUUGUCAGUGGUUUACCGUGUAAGCUCAGCAGAGGAGCGCUUUUUUUCUGACCCAAUAAGGUCAGCUGAAAAUGGUUGAGUAAUAGAACUGGGCACCAUUUGUUGCCUGUGGGAAAUAGUUGUAUUUCGUCUGGCGGCCCCGUUUGAUUCGUUUUUGACUGUCAUAGUGUCAAAACAUAGUGGUAAGCUAUUUUUAGUAGGGAUCGACCGAUCUUGAUUUUUUUUUUUAGAGCCGAUAACGAUAAUCUGUGAACUUUCAGGCCGAUAACGAUAUUUUGUACAUUUACCAUUUUGAAAAAAUAAACUAUUUCUACACAAAUCCACUGUUAACUGAACAUGUUUGUUGUUUAUUUUUUUGCAAAUCUUUUUUUUUUUUUUUUAAGGUAAAUGCACAAAAUAUACAUGCCAGUGAGAGUGUUUUUUGGUUUUCAAGAACAUAUGUGUGUGUAUUUGAUUAGUGAAUGCAAUGUGGGUUUGUGCAGUGGAUGCAGUGUGUGUUUGUGUAGUGUGUUUAUAAUUAAUGUAGUGUGUGUUUGUGUAGUGUGUGUAUAGUGAAUGCAGUGUGUGUUUGUGUAGUGUGUGUAUAGUGAAUGCAGUGACUGUUUGUGUAGUGUGUGUAUAGUGAAUGCAGUGACUGUUUGUGUAGUGUGUGUAUAGUGAAUGCAGUGACUGUUUGUGUAGUGUGUGUGUGUGUAUAGUGAAUGCAGUGGGUGUAUAGUGAAUGCAGUGAGUGUUUGUGUAGUGUGGGUGUAUAGUGAAUGCAGUGAGUGUGUGUGUGUGUGUGUAUAUAGUGAAUGCGGUGUGGGUGUGUGUGUGUUUGUUUAUAAUAAAUGCCGUGUGUGUUUGUGUAGUGUGUAUAGUGAAUGUAGUGUGUAUAUAAUGAAUGCAGAGUGUGUGUGCUUGUGUAGUGUGUGUGUGUGUGUGUAUAAUGAAUGCAGAGUGUGUGGGUAUAUAAUGUGAGUAAAAUGGGGGGGCAUUUUUAUUUAAUUUUUUUUUUUUAGUCCCCCCCCCCCUCCCUGUUUCUUACUUGGCCAGGGAGGGGGGAUAUGGCAUUCCCUGGUGGUACGGUGGCAUGGACUGUGCAGUGGGGGCCUGCAGCAAACUCUUACUCACCUUCCUUUCAGCUCCCGUCUAAAUCUCACGGCCAGUGUGCUGCGCGGAGCGUUGCCAUGGUAACCCAUGGCAACGCUCUGACGGCCGCUUGAGUUAGACAGGGGAGCUGAAGGGAGCUGCUGGGAAGGUAAGAGCUUGCUGCAGGCCCUCCAGGACCGCCGGGCUUGUCAUCUUGUCAUGGGCCUGGCGGUCCUGGUCUGUAUUAUCAGCAAUAUCGGUAUCUCUAUAGGCCGAUACCGAUAUUGCCAAAAAUACUGAAUAUCGGCCAGACCGAUUGUGACAAACUGCCCUUUGCCACUCGCUUUUGGAGAAGCCUGAUUGCCAGCCUCCUGCCUUAUGACUAUGGCCCUGGGGUGUAUUGCCCUUUAAGAACAUUAUUGGGGCAUAUUGAGACUUGGCACAAUGCCCUUUUUAAACUGUCGAAUUGGUCGAAGUGGAACUUCGAACAGCCGGAUCCCACACAAGUGGAGUGUGCAGCCAAUUUACUUACCAAAAUCUGUGGUUAAGCACAAGCUAAUUUACGAACGGCUUGGUGGUCGCCGUUCAUAUAGUCAAAACACGUGGCGGUGGCCAUCUUGUUUAGUCGAAUGCGGUCAGCUGUGUUUUGCCGUUGAGUUCAUGGAACUCAAAUCGGACACUCGACGGCAUGAACACCGCUGAACCUUACCUUCUCUGGGACUUAAACACUUCGACUGAAAUCGAGGUGCGUUCAAAUAUUUAAACGCCGCGUUAACAUUGGGAUUUGCGAAAUGUGAAAUAGACCGACCGCACAGCCUAAAUCUAUGGAACUCUUUUGGGCAUGAAAGCCAUGCUUGCGGUCUGUAAAAUAUGACUUCCAUGGAAUUCGGGAACCCCUGCUCUGAUCUCGGUGAUUUUUGGAUAUGUUGUUCGCCCAGAUCAGAGCUAUCCAAGGAUUAUUUAUGGGGAUAUAUUGUUGUUUUGGGGUGUUUCUGUGUUUUAGGGUAAAAUUGUAUAUUUUCUGCCUGUGAUAAUUAAGUUAUCCCAUUGUGUGUAGUAAUUAUAUCACAGGCAGAGGGGAGGGUUUGUGUGCCUUAGUUGGAAGUGUCUGACUGUAUUGUACUAUAUUGAUUGGCUAUAAAAAACAGAGGAAAUAGGAAGCAAAAAGGAUGCACUCUUAUAGGGGUUAACCCUUUAUGAACUACGACAGUAGUAAAGGCAAAGAAAGAGAAAAAGUGAGUGCCCUCAGGUUAAAAUAUAACUUUUAAUACUAAAUCAAGUUAAAACAAUUUAUAUGAUGUGUCAAAAAUGAUUAACAAAAAUACAGUGUUAUAAAUAUAUGCUUAAAUUGAUAAAUGGUAAAUAGAUCAUAAAGAUCAAAAAUAAAAUACUAGAGGAUCAAUUUAUUUCCUAAGCAUUGAUAACGAUAAGUAGAUAAAGGAGGUCCUGUUCAAAAGUUUUCAGGACAGAUCUCCAAAUAAAAUGCAGAAAACCAAAUAGGUUUUCUAAUGCAUUUCAGUGUGUACGUCAAUUUGGUUAAAUAAAAGGAAAAAAACAGUCCAUAAAGUAUUAAAUGGAAAAUGCUACAUAGAGUAAUGUAGCAAAAUGGGGUUCUGAAGGUCUUAAAUGAUAAAAAAAAAUCUAAAUACAUUAAUAACCUUAUGUGAUGCCAUGUGAUUACAGGAGGUUUAAGAUUAAGGAUACUUAGGGAAAGGAGAUACCUGCUUUCAAGAUGCUACAAACAAAGUCUUCUGAUUCCCAGCAAAAAAGGCUGAGGGAGUUAUAAUUUACAGUAAACAUUGAAGUAGGAAGGAUCUAAGCAUCCCUUUAGGACCAAACUUCUGGAAUAAAAGGGAAUCAUGACAUGUCACACAUGUCAUGUGUCCUUAAGGGGUUAAAAGUGGCCAUUUCCUAACCGUAAAUCAUUAAAGAGGAACUGUUACUUUAUAGAAUUUAUUAUGUUUACUAUACAUAACAUGUGUUACUGAAAUCUGAAAAAUACAAUUUAAAGUAGAAACCCACACCUCUCUGUCCUGGAACCUAGUGUCUCUGACUUGACUCCCUUUUAGUCCUUUACAUUGACAUUGCACGUUUUCUGGAAACUACAUUAAAUAGUCAGAUAUGUGGUCUGGAGAGUUUGGGUUGUUAGGUCUGUACCACUCAUAGCUCAAAGAGCUUCUUCUAUAGUUUGUUAGUAUAAGAUCAAGUGAGACAAAGUAAUCCUCAAUACACAAUGCAAAAUCCUAGCUUCUUAGAAUCACUCACCACCAAUAACAACACAGAGGCAGUAGAUGUGUACAAAUGACAUUUACUAAUGUAUAAAUAAAGACUUGCAUUAAAUAUAUAUUGGUUCACACUCAGUGUCUUAUCACAGAUAUAUAUCAUUUGCUUUGAUGCCUCCAAAUGUUGUUUAAUCCCUGAACGUCUUCAUGACCGAUCACUUACACACCAGAUCAGAAAGUUGAUGGUUUUCACACUGCUGGCUGCAUGUUUCACUUGUAAAAUGGCUUUGUCUUACGUUUUCUUAUUGCUGUCCACAUAUAUUUAAUCAUGUCUCCUAAGUUGUUAAUUGACUGUCAUACACUUCCAAUUACUGUGCAAAGUGUAUACAAGAGCCUUAAGACAUCUGUUUUGGUGAGGGUGAAAAGGCUGGGGGUUUUACUCCUGUAUAAAAAAAAUCAUGUGGUUUUAGAAACUGUGUGUGUUUUAAAGCUAGAUUGAAGUUGAAUUGAAUUGCUACUGUUUUUGCUUAAUUUUGUAUCUUGUAUUCAGUAGCCACAGCUGUGCACUUGUUCAGGGUAGUGCAGUCCUGUUUGCAUGUUUGGUUGAACUAACUGAUAAAGUUGUCAACUAUGGCAUUUGCAAAUCAUCAUCAGUUAUGGUUAAAUAAAGCAGCAAACAAUAUCAUUCUCAAAAUUUACGCUCAGCCAAGGUAAAAAUGUGACACGAGUUUAAAGCAGCACUGUCACCGAAUUUGCAAAGUAACCCCGACUUUGAUAUUGUCGAUCGUGGUCUGGUGGCCAUGGAGGGUGGGAAGGGGAAAGGUGAGAUUACUGCCCGAACCUGUCCCACACGGGCGCCACAAUCUUUAAUGCAUGCGCAAGAUUACAGCAUUAAAGGGACACUCCAGGCACCCAGACCACUUCUGCCCAUUGGAGUGGUCUGGGUGCCAACUCCCAAGACCCUUAACCCUGCACGUGUAAUUAUUGCAGUUUUUUAUAAACUGCAAUAAUUACCUUGCAGGGUUAACUACACCUCUAGUGGCUGUCUAUUAGAUAGCCACUAGAGGGCACUUCCUGCUCUAUAGCUCAGAAAACCUGUGCUAGAGCAUCGCUGGACAUCCUCACCCUGUGUGAGGACCUCCAGUGUCGCUCAGUUCCCCAUAGGAAAGCAUUGAAAAGCAUUUUCAAUGCUUUCCUAUGGGGAGCUCUAAGGAGCGUGCAUGCGGGAUCAGUCUCGCCCACCGGCCGACGUAAAGACUGGGAGGAGCGGCGGCGAGAAGAAACCACCGCCGAGGGACAACCGGGGAUAGGGGGUGGGAGGGAGAGGUGGGAGUUUCCCUUUAAGGUCUAUGGGGGAUCCCUUGAGACCCUGGGAUCCUCCAUAGACACAACCAAUUCCCUGAAGCCACAACUGGUGACAGGGAUUGAGAAAGUCAGGCGGAGGAAAUAUACAGAGACAAAGUAGUCUCUACUUUGUCUCUGUUUAUCUCUUGACUGGGUUGAAUUUCAGUUACAUUCCAACACAGUUAAAGUGAGUAUUUUUAUAAAGAUUUUAUCUUUAUGAAAUACAAAUUUUUCAGACAGAGGGGGGUGACAGUGACACUUUCAAAUUUCGUCUAAAUUAUUUGUUAUGCACCAACAUUAAUAUUUUGAAGAGUCGUCUUAAUUCUUUGUGUCUGUCAAUCAGUGGCAUAAUAUCAUAAUAAUUCUGAGAAAAGGUAUUGUAUACAUUGCUGCCUAAUGCCACCUCUAACUAAACACACUCUCCGUAGAGAUGCUUUGAGUGAAUGCUGAUUAAUGCAGCGCAGCAAUUGCCACUCAUGCAAAGCAACCCCACAAUGCUACCCUGUGGGGAAGCAUUGUAUUAACUGAGAUCAGAAGUACUUAUAAUCUCAACUAGAAAAGGAGGGGAGGCCGCAGCAAAAGGACCUCACUGGGGGAUAUAAGGUAUUUUAAACCAGGGCUCGACAAAUUCCAAGCGCCAGGUCACCGUGGCGACUAGGAUUUUUGUCCUGGCGUCUGGAAUUUGCUGGCCCAUUCAGCCCCUGAGGGUGGGUGGCCGGCAGGCUCAUAAAGAGCAAGGGGGAGCGUAUGGGUGGUCGGUUGGUCAGUCAGCUCAAGAGCGUGGGUGGCAGCCUGGCGAUUGAGUGUGUUGGUGUGCGCACGGACUGGUGGCUCCUGGAGGUUUGAGGCAGACGGGCAGGCGCGUGGGAGAGCUGUAACCUCCCUCCCUCCCUCGCGCGCCCUCCAGUGUUCUGCCGGGAGCCGGAAUGUGACGGAAUUCCUGCCCCGGCAUCACUAAACAGCGCUCUAUGGAGCUGGGCAGGUAGAUGACUGAAGCCCAUCUGGACCACAGGGAAAGCUGAACCAAGGUAAGGAGGCUAGGUGGUUGGAUAAGUGAGUGUGUGUGUGACAGUGAGUGGGUGUGUUUCGAUGACUGAUCCCUCUCCAAUCAUAUGGGAAAGGUGUUUUUACUCACCAUUUCUCCCACGCUGUACUGAUCUUGCCACAGCUGGCCCUGCCUCAAUGACUGCUAUCAUCAAUCUUUAUGAUCUCAGCCAAUCCAAUGUUUUUCCAUAGGAAAUCAUUGGGAGGCUGUUGCGCAUGUGUGGCAAAAUGCAAUUUUGCGCCAAUAAGCAUCUCCUCAUAGAGGAGAGUGCUGCACUGACCUAGGAUGCACUCCAGAGGCCGUCUGAGUGACUGUCUCUAGAAGGCAGGGUUUGCAUAGAAAAGUUUGCAGGGACAGAUUAUAGGCACGAGAACAAUUACAGUAAGCUGUAGUGGUUCUGGUGACUACAGUGUCCCUUUAAGAGUUGUAUUUUUGACAUUGAAACACCUGGCUCCUAAACUCUUUUUUUGCUGGCUCCUAAAUUCUAUCAAAUUUGGCAAGCCCUGUGUUAAACUCCUUAUUAUAUACUUUAGUAUUCCUUUAAAGGGACACUCCAAUGCCAUUGUAAAUAAAAUCACUUUACCAAUCACUGUUUAGUAGACAUGCCCCCAGUGAAAACAUGCAUGCUUUUAAAUGUGCAUUUUUCAUUAGGGUUAUAUCUGGAAAUAGCUUGCAAAAUAUUUUUUUCUGGUUGUCCAAUCACAGACUUGAAGGUCAUUGAGAAGGCUUUGCAAGGCAAAUCUAGAGGUUUUUUUUUUUUUUUUAUAAUUUUUAUUUUUCUUCUUAAACAAGCUUUUUCAUUAACAUUGUAAACCAUAUGUGCUUCUGAAGUAAAAUGCCAAUUAUUUGUAUUCAGUCACAUUCAAUAAACAGUAAUGCAUUUGUCAAUAUUUUGUGAAAGUUGAAGCCAACAGUGGAGCACUAUUAUGUCUUGAGUGAAUCCUAAUAUUUGUUUGAUACAGUAGAUAGAAUAAUGCUGUGUUAGCCUAUAUAAACCUAUUGUUAAGCCUUUAACUUUCUUUGAUUUUGUAGUACUAAAUUGUUUGCACAUUACUCUGUUAUGUAUAUUCAUUUAAGCUCUGUGUUUGUUCUUCCAGGCGAUACUUUGUGGACCUAAAAACCUUAAAGGAACAUUUCAGAACUAAAGUCCACAAACGCAGGUAAAUGAUGCUUUCUGAAUAAAAAUUACUUGAUAGUAAGACCAUGUUCUCAGGCAUACUUGACGUGAUCCACCCUAACUUGCAAGACUGCUGCUUAGUGAACAAAACCAGUACCUGUUAAAAGAUAUGAUUUUGCCAUGUUAUGGUGUGGAAGUAGUUGAUUACUCAGGUCAUGUGACUUUUUUUUUUGUGUGUGUUUCAGAAUAAAACAGCUUAAAGAGGAGCCAUACACCCAAGAGGAAGCUGAACGUGCAGCAGGAAUGGGUUCUUACGUAGCCCCCCAAAAAGUUGAAGUUGAAACACAGGAGGUGGAGAUGAAGUAAUAUGUUUUAUGUGGACUUUAUUAUCCGACCCACUCCUUCUAACUGGUUUUGGACUACUACUUUUGUUUUUGCUGAUGCUUCUUAACAUUCUGGACCCUUAAAAAGGCCCAUGGUAGUUUCCCCAUUUAAUUCAUUCAGCCCCAACGUAACAAUAUUUGGUUCCUCAUGUAAAUUAUAUUUCCAUUGCUGUAUAAAGUGUUCAUACACAGCCCACCUCCCCUGUAGAGGGAUUGCAAAAUAAUAAAAACUGACCCUUUCAUGUGUCUUUAUAUUGACUUGUAUUGAUAGCUUUAAUUUCCUAAUGUCUACUGCUGAGUAAAUACUUUUUGUCUGCCCUGAUGGUUAUGUAACCUGCUGAUUCACUGUGUCUCCUUCAGCCCCGAACAUGUCUGCUUGUCAACCCGAAUUAUAUCUGCUUUCUUCUCCUGCAUGAUUGCACAAACAUAGCCACAUAGCUUAACCUCUGCACUGCUGGAUGUGCCUGGAAUAUGAGAGGAAUAAGAUGAAUAAUGUAUCCAGAUAUAGCUUCGUGUUAGAUACAAAAACUGUAGCAUUCAAUGUUCACCUAUAAUUCCUAUUAUCUUUGUUUUUCUCAUGCAGAUCAUUGGAAAGAAACAUUAAUACAGCAUACAUGUUAACCAUUGUAUAUUUUUUUAUAGCUAUACAGGAAAUGUUACACAUUGAAAUUAUUGGAGCAAGCCAUUGAUCAGUUCACCAAUCACCACUCAUCACCAUGUAUAUGUGUGAAUAUUCAGUCUUAAAAAUAUUAUGUCCAUAUAUGCAUCAGGGUAACUUGGCAAAUUAUUAAUUUGAUAGAAUUGUCAAAUCUAAAGAUGAAAAGUGAGAGGAAUUUGUAUGGAGUAUCAGCCAAAGACUUUUGUACACCUGCUGACACAAUUGUGCUUAAAGAUAGCGGUUAUCACUUUUACAUAUUUACUAUUUUCACUAACUUGUUUGCCUCUUACUCCAUACAUAUAGCCAUGCAUUCUGUCACAAGGAUACUUAACCAGAAAACGGUAUGCAUUUAUUCAUACCUAGAUAUCAUGCUCAAAGGUGUCUUCCUUGGGUAUCACCAUUGAGAUUAUUUUCAGUUUAUUGCCAUCUCUCUUGCUGGGUAAAAACGAUUUAGAUCCAAUAUUUAUGCUUGAUAUUUUCCAAAUUCUGUUUUUCUUGCUAGAUUUACAAUGAUAUCGCCAGUUAUUAAUGUGACGGUGGACUGCUAGACUCUUGUACCAUUUGCCGCACACUGUAGUAGGACAGUCCAAGGCCCAUAAGUGCCAAAAGCAGUGCCAAAUGAUUCACUAGUCGAUCCUUUGGUUCAGAAGCCAGCUCUCCUGCAACCUGCAGCUGAGAGAUAUUCCCAGAACUGUGUAAGAUGGUUUGACACUAAUAAAUGUCACAAUACAUCUGCGUAGCUCAUAAUUCUCCUGACACAGCAAUACACCCAUUUGCUAUUCUAUAUUGGUAUGGAACACAUGUAUGAGAUACUUUCAAUCAAGUGUUAGUUCUUGAGUGUUUUUAUGGGAUCAUAAUGUUGUGGAGUUGCACAUAUCAGAGACUUUUUGAUAAAGCAAUGUUUAAAACGUAUCCACCCCACACUCUUACAACAGUCAUUUGCUAUCUCAAAUAUGUGUCGUAGCUUAUUGUCUUUAUACCUGCAGUAGGCGGAAGUAACCUGGCGUGAGACGUCCGAGUCGAAUGAUCAUUCUGCGAAGAAAAUGUGAACAGGAUAGGUGGUCCACUCAAGCUCUGAGGAUAGAAUUCAAAUUUAGCAAUAAACGAAUAUCCUGGAAAUCUGUUGCUAUCAACAGCACUUCAUCUUUGCAAAUUUUCUGUUAAAUGGUGGCGUCAUCUAUUAAUAUGUAAACAAUAAUAUACAUUUUCAAUGUUCAGCUUCACCAUAAGUGGAAGCUAUUUCCCCCACUGCCCUAAUCUGCCUGCCACAAUAAUUUUAGGAUUCUUCAGGCGUAAUUAGAGAAAAAUGUUUUACAUCUGUUCUGAUAUCUCUCUUGGAAUACCUGGUCUCUUCACCUUUUUCUGUAACGGGAUCAGAGCGGUGUCUCUUUUCGGCGAUUAUUCAAUUCCUGAUGAUAAAUAAAAAUGUGUGAGGGAUUCUGAGACACCGCCUAUAAUUUUUUCCCCCACCCAUCUUCAUCCCUUCCCACGGACCUAUAUCUCGCUUUGCUCCACUCCUCCCAAACAGCAGCUGUCAGAAGAGAUCAGAGUACUGAAGGCUUAACGCACAGCCAGGGGGAAAAGGGGGAGGGUGAGAAAGCAUUAUUUGGAGACUAGAUCUAAAUAGAUAAAUUGAUGUUUGUGUAGAAUUAUAUGCAGUUUUCUGAUAGAUGGGUAAUGAUUGCAUGCCACAACUUGUGUUUGGGGAGGCAGAUUGAUAUUCUAGAGAUAUUCUUAAAUGCCACCAGCUGCUAGUAACCUACAACACCCUGGACCAUUUGCCAGGCGUGUACAGUGUUUUGCUUUGCAAUGGUAGAUGUAGUCAGCAGGCAAGUGAGGCUAUGUAUUUAAAUACCACUGCUUUAAAGAGUGCGCUAAUAAGCCGUCACUUUUUUGAGGGCUUUUGUAACACAAAUUUUCCCUACUCAGUCUAUGAGAAUUGAGUGCAAUACUUUCUCUGGCGGUGCAAUUAAGUGAAUCCUCCUAAUCUGUUGAAUAGGACCAGGAAAAUAACCUCUGAAUUUCCUCUUCAACCGUCCUUCAAGCACAGAUCACUAAUCUCCUGCAUCAUCAGUCCAUCAUCACUAGCAUCACUGAUAUAACCUCCCAUUUAUAAUAAUUCUGCAUCCACCACUUGUGUUACGUGCCAAACCCCUGUUUUUAAGUAGUCAAUAGUAGAAGUGUUGGGAAAAGAAAAUGAUCCAUUCGCUCAGGGGCAGGUUGGCAGAUUUAUUACUCAAUAAUGUAACAUGCCCAUAACAAAUGGAAACAUUUUAAUCUAUUAUGAAAAGCAUAUUAACAUAUUUUGUUCAGCAAAUCAUUUGGCUUCUGCAGUAGUGUCAUUUCAAAACAGGAAAUGGCUGAGGGUCUUUUUACAUGAGGAAGGUGGAGGCCCCUGUUUUUUUUUUAUGGCCUCUUUAUUGGCUUAGUCACUAGGCAGCAAUAGCUUCUUAGCUGCUAGUAUUUUCUUAUGACAGUGUGCAGCCACUGUCUGCUCACUGUUUAGUAUACAUACCCUUACUUCUGGCACGUUGGAUAGGGGAAGGCGGGAAGAUUUAAUCUCCCUUAUGCUAAAAUGGGGGUCAUACAGUUUACAAAAAAUAUUACGAGAAAGAAUUGCCCACAAGCAGUCUUCGUUUCAUUCAUUUUAACUUGCAUUUGUUUAUUCUUCUUUCAGAUUAAUGGACAAUUAGCCGAAUUUUAGAUGAAAAUGUGUUUGAAAACAAAUGGCAAAGACUACUAGCUAGUUUAGUGCUUUAGACAGCUGCCAAAGCAGAAUAAGUGUAACUAACCAUUUGGACAUAGUAAAUAAAGGGAUAAGAUUAUUCUUAACAAAGCCAAUUGUACACCUUCUGUACAAUUUCAUAUCACAUAUUUAUAUAUGAAACACAAUUUAAUGUGAAUAAAAUCUAAGUGUGAGAAAUUAAGAAAUGUUACUUUUCAAGUUCUGCAUAACAUUUUCUUUUUUUAACUGACAAUUUUUAUUGAAUGUUUAUUGGGGAUACAGAAAGAAAUAGGGAAGGGGAGCAAUGACAUUUGUAGGUGUCACCUGUACAUUCUUACAUUCCGCUUUGUGCAAUGUUUAACAUCAUACUAGUCAUGUAAAACUGUACAUAGUUUCGGUGAUUGUUCUAGUUUCUCAUGUGCUAAAAGACAGUUCAGUGCCCUUUGGAGGCGUACCAAAUCAUACAUGCUGUAUCAUGCAGGUUGUGGCGGAAUCAUUGCUGUGUUUAGGGUACCAAUUGGGAAUAAGGAGAACAGAAACUGAGGGAGCAAGAGGGGGUGGGGGGAAGGAAGGUCACUCCCAAGUACGAGGUGAUAUACGGGGCAGGUGGAUUUGCCUGCUGAGGGUGUUUGAUGCCUAUAUUGGACUAUGCUUAUGUCUAGCUCCCGGAUGUCUAGUCCGCUAGUACAUUCCUUAAUGCAUUCCUUAUUACAUCCAAGUGAGAUGUGCUUUUGCCAUCUCACUUGGGGGGCUAGUUUGUGCACUCUAUGUAUUGGUGCCAGUCAUCCCAUGCGUCCGACCAGUUAUUUUUGGGCUAGGAUGAUCUUCUGGAUGCUAGCUCAUAGAUCUUAGUAGUUUCUAGUGUCUGUUUGCAUUGUGUUAUUUGGGGCUGUGUGGUGGAUCGCCAAUGUCUGCUAAUGACAGAGCGGCCAUAAGUAUAUGGUAAAUCAAUUUCUGCUUCCUACGUAGUCGUUUUGGAAAUAGCUGGAGAAGAUAUGUUUCAGGUUUGUGCUCUCUUGAAUGAUGGUGGCUACUUCGUCCCAGAAGGGGUGGGACAAGACCACCAUAUGAUGAGCAAUGUGCCUUUGUGUUGCUGGCAUCUCCAGAAGGUGUCAGAGGUGCGUGGGUGCGCGGCUUUGAUGCGUGUGGGUACCAAGUACCAUCUGUACAGGAGUUUGCGGGAUAGCUCCAUAUCAGAGGCGUAUUUACAGAGUGAAUUAUGUGCUAAUAAAAAGUCUUUCCAAGGUUGAGGAUUAAGGGUGUAUGUGAAUUCUUUAUCCCAUGCUGUAGUAUAUGAGAAUUUUGUGGUCGUCCUGGGUGUGCAUUGAUUGGUAAAUCAUGGAGAUUAGUUUUUUGGGGGGUGAGAGGCGUGAGCAGAUUUUUUUCUACCACCGUCAGCUGUGGCUCCUGUACAUCUCCAGUCCAGGUCAGGACUUAUUUAUUGAACCAUGAUUGUAUUUGUAAGUAAGAGAAAGAAACCAUCACGUUAAGGUGGUAGGAGGCCUUUAGGUCGUUGAAGCUUCUAAGCUCAUGUCCCUGGAUUAGGUGGUGUAGGUGUGUAAUCCCAUAUCGGUGACACAGGGCAUAGCUGAAAUUAGGGAUUAUGUGGUGUAGUGCUUUUAAAGGUGUAGCAGGCGACAUUUUACCCUUCCAGACCAUUUUACGACGGUUGGAGUCCCAGACGUUCAGGAUUAGCACCGUGGUAGGGAGCAUUGAGCUGGUUGCGGGCCUGUGGUGCCAUGGCAACCCUGCCAAUAUGGUAAUGGGGAUAUUGUUGGCGUGUUGUUUCUCCAGCACCGUCUACGGAAGUGGACGGUCUCUGUGACACGCUGCUAUUAGUGGGCUUAAGAUGGCCGCUCAGUAGUAGUUGUCUAGGUCUGGUACUCCCAUCCCUCCCCAUGUCCGUGGCAUGUAUAACAUAUGUUUUGCUACCCAGGGUCUACUCUUGUCCCAGAUAAACUUCAGUAGUAUUUGUUAUGCUUCUUGAAUGAAGCAAAGUGGUAGUUUUAUGGGCAGUGUCCAAUAUUGCAAUUUUGGCUGGACAACCAUUUUUAUCGCAGCUGUUCUGCCUGGCCAGGAGAUAUAUUUGCCCUUCCACCCCGUUAUCAAGGUCUUUAUCUCAUUCAAUAUUUUUGGGUAAUUUGUUUUGUAGAGGUGUGCCAGUGUCGGGGUGAUGUUGAUUCCUAAGAAUUUGAGGUGGUUGUUCCGCCAGCUAUAUUUAAAGGCUCCACGGAGGUGUUCUAGUUUGUCUGUGGGGAUAUUUAUACCCAUGGCAUAUGUUUUGGGAACACCUACUGUAUAGGGAGAGGGUGUCAUGAAAGUUUGGCAGAGAUAUAUGCGGUUGUUAUAAUGUUAAAAGUAGUAUAUCAUCUGCAAAUAAUUUGAUUUUGUAUUCCUUGCCAUGUCUGUUCUUUGCCAAAGUUAGUGUUCAUAUUAGUUUUUUUGCAUUUUUCACACACAAACAAAUAUAAAUGCUAACUUUGGCCAGUGUUGGUGAAUAAGUGGCUACUAAAAAAGACCUGACAUACCCCAUAUUGAAUACCCUGGGUUGUCUACCUUUGCAAAUGGUAUGCUAUCAUGGGGGUAAUUCUAAUUUCUAGGUUACAAUACAGUGUCAAAGGCAACACAACCAGUCUGUCAAAUUUCAAUGUGUAUAAACUGAAAAAUUAGCCGUGCUAUAUUUGACCCUGUAACUUUCCAAAACACCAUAAAACCUGUACAUGUGGGGUACUGCUGUACUCGUGAGACAUCACUGAAUACAAAUAUGUGCAUUUUAUUCAUAAAAUAAGUCAUAAAAAUGUUUUAUAUAUGAAUAGUUCAUGUGAAAUUAAAGCCCUGUUUCUCCUGAACAAAAUGAGAUAUAGUAAGUGUGGGUGCACCUAAUAUGAAAGAGGUGAAUUACAGUUGAACAGACAUGUAGCGCAAAUUCCAGUUUUUGUUUACAUUUUGUUUUGAUCACAUGUACAAUUGGCUCAGUCCUUAAGACUAUAUUAUUUUAAACCGUAUACUUAAUAAAAAUGCAAAUAUAUGCAAAUAUUAUUUUUUAAAGUGCAUAUAUCAUUAAGUGCA